ACCAACUGACGCUACUUACCAGGCACAAUGCCCGCCGCUAUCCCCCCCAUCACCGGCAUGCUCCGCCGUGGUCUUGUCCUGGACCUGAGCACCGCUUUCGAUGCUAACCAGAGUUCUUUUACACCAGGCUUCGGUACCACCUUCGGCUACCUCUGGUGGUACGGCUUCCACCUUCCCCGCGUCCGUGAGCGCGACACCUACUACGCCCGCCUUGAGGCUGAGCGUGCCGCCCAGCGCGGUUAAAUCGGUCGCUAAUCGCACCCGGUCGUCUCCUUCCCGCCCAUUCGGCGUCAGUCCUUUUCUUUGUCAAAGCGUUUCUAGAAAAUUGCCCGUGGAUGGGGGCAAACGUUCCGAUGUCGCCCCUCGGGCUUGGUUGAAAGGGUCGUAUACGAAGGGUGGCUAGAUUGG